UUGGUCUUAUCUCCGUUCAGAUAACUCUCCUCUGUCACGAAGGUCUUCUACGGAACAAUGGCAGGACUUGUGCUCCUAGCAAUACUUUCCACUGUAUAUGCUGCAGACGUAAUGAAGAGAUGUCACGACACAAACGAGCAGGCGUGUCAAAGAAUGUUCGCCAAACGGCACGAUAUGUGUGAUGAUCCAUGUAUUGCCAACAUCUGCAAAGAUACCUGCCGAUACUGUCCUGUUACAUGCUAUCAUUGUGACGAGGAAGAUACACCGGAAGCAUGUAAUAAAGUUGUACAAUGCUUGACUACAAAUCAGCUUUGCAUAGCUGCAGAGAGAUACACAACAUACUUCAAAUCUUUAUACACUUCCGGUUGUGCAGAAAAAGAGCUCUGUCACAGCCUCUUCGGCUUUGAUUCCACAAAACGUGAGGUCCAGACGACAAUGAAUGGUCGAUCCUAUCAUUUACAUGGCGGAUGUUGCGACUCCAAUCUCUGUAAUGUCCACGAUCCGUCCAACGUGACGUCAACUAUAGAUCCUUCCAGUCGUCCACCAAAACCGACAGGAACUAACCCUCUUUUUGGCAACACAACCCAUGAAGACGUCAAGGUUUGUGAGGAGAACGACUUAGAUACAGAGGCGUGUCGUCUGCUGAAUUCUACAGACCCUACUAUCUGUCAGAACAAUUGCAUCGCCACCAAGAUCUGUCCAACUUUCUGUGGAACUUGUGUUCGAUGUAAAGAUUGCAAGUCAGUGGAUGCUCCGAGUUCCUGCACAAAUACUACACUGUGUAAAACUAAACAGCAAUGCGUAACGAUUGAACGACUUGAUGCAAACCUACAGUUGUCUAUAGUAUUAGGAUGUAUGGAUACCAGGAUCUGUAAUGUAUACUUCAGUCCUCGACCAGGUUCUGGGGCUCUGGGUAAACGCCAGUUCGGAGGAACCACACUUCGGGGGAAAUGUUGUGACAACGAUAUGUGUAAUAAAAAUGGUGUUCAAUAAAAUUAGAAGUGUGCAGAUA